GAAUUGAUAAAUAAACAAAUUUUCAUUUUCCCGGUGUUUUAAGUAACAAUUGAUUACUCUUUUCUCCCAGCUAUUUGAUCAAAUAGUUAGAUUUUUUAUUGUGUCUGAAAGUAAUCAAGGUAAAUCUGGCUCACUCAAGUGUUAUUAAUGAACUUGAUACCUGAGUUUUUUUAUAAAAAAUGCUCAAAGAAAGAAAACCAAAUAAAAAUAACAACCAAGGCCAGUUGCUUUAAAAAACUACUUAUCAAAUCAAUCACCAAUGUGUUCAAAUGCUGAUCGUUAAUUUUCCAAGACAAAUUGGCCUGGGAAAAUGAUACUAAUUACAUCAAAUUAUCCUGACUGUCCUGGAUUGAUCAAAACUUCAUCUUCUGACCAAAGACUCCAAAUUCAACCAAGAAUGUAACAGAAAAACUUGUAAUUAGGAGAAGUGACAAAACUCUUUACUGUAACUGCAGAGUUCAGAGAAACUGGUUUCUUGUUUUUCAACCUGUCAAUAACUGAACAAUAACAGUGACAAAUUAAAAGAUUACCAGUUAAUGAGUGCAGCAAGGAUUAAACUGUUUACCGUUGAUUCAGCAGUUGCUCAAGGAUUAAUAUGUAAAAAGAGGCUCCCAUUUCAAUUUGGAAAAGAUGAUUUUCACAAUAAGCAUAAAUAUUAAUGAAAUAAAUGUGAAAUGGAUACCAAAAAAAACAGCUUAAUAAAGAUUUGUCGAAUAAAUUGACUCAGCGAAGUUAUUAAUACCAAUAAUAACUAGUAAUGAAGAGGAUAAAGAAUUAAAGAGUGAACGAGGAAAACACCGAGAAGGAAGAAGAGAAACCAAUAUUCAUGAUAAUAAAAUCGACGAACCAUUAUAAAGAAGUACAGAAAACAUGAUAACAAUAAUAUUGCUCAUGAAAACCAAAGAGAAACAAAAAAAGAAAUAUUAACCUCAAGAAAGUAUUACAAUGGUAAAGGUUACCCAGGAAUAAUAACAUGAAAGAGUAAACUCAUCAACUUCACCUUCACCUUCACCUUAACCAUAAUCAUUGUCAUCUUUAACAUCAACACUAUCAGAAUGAUAUCAAUCAUAGAUUUACAGGGUUGCAACUAAGUAAUUGAUUGAAUGUAAAUUGAUUAUUGCAAUUCAUAAUGUUGAUAUGGUGUCUAUAGGUAGAUGUUAAUAACAACAAUAUACAUGGAUAGAGAGGAGAGGACGAGAUGAAUAUAAGUAUUACUGGAAUACAAUUAAGGAUGGUAAAAAGAUGAUGAAGAAACGGGACAAAAGAAUUGAUUCGGAUGAAAACAUCUAUUAUUAACGACAAUAGGGAUUAAAGGGAAUCCAAGUGAAAAAAAGGAGAAGAAAUUCUGAUACAGAAUUAUUGUACACUUUGCCCAUUUUCCUGAAUCUCUUUUUCUCAGUCUAUUCAACCAACCUUCUUCCGCUGCUACUAUCAUCAUCAUCAUCAUCAUCAUCGUUUCUGUCUAUUGUAUUAUCAAGAAGAGAAGCAAAAAAGUUGAACAUUUUCUUUGGGUUAAAAGAUAAGAUGUACUUUUUUCGCCUUCAUUCACUUCAUCAUCAUCUUCCCAUUUACCUCUUUGAGCAACAAGAAGAAGCAACAAGAUGAUAAAUAAUAAUAUUAUUACUACCAUGAUCAUCUUAACGAUGGUGGUGAUCAUCUUGAAAACUGUAAACUACUCCACUUUAAAAGCUUUUCAAGUCUUCACACUUUUGGAUUGAUGCCCAGGCAACAUUGAAGGUUUCAACCUUGCCAUCUGUACGCUUCUGUCCUAUUCACUGGUGAUAGUUCAAAAUCAGUCCAUCCGAUGAUAGGAUCAGAUAGGCAGGGAAACCAUUAAUUAGUAAUUAAUGGAGCAAAGUGAAAUGCUUGAAAAUCAACUCAAUUUGCUUCCAGUCAAUGGUAGAGUCUCACAAAACUGUCUUUUCCAGAUGAAAUAUCGUCAAAUUUUCAGCUUCUAAUGGUAAUAAUUGUUAAUCGACAAGAUUUUCACAAUCUAACUGGCAACUGAACAGAUUAACUAAAUAAAAGGACAAUGGAAACUUAUAUUACUCCCUGAAUAGGAAUAACAUUUUCACUUGAAAUGUUAGGCCUAAAGUCACUAUGGCAAUGUAACAAUGAUCACAGGAUCAUUAUUGAAAUCAACCUUCAAGCCUAACAUUGAACUUUCAACUGUAAAAAGCUUAAAUUGGGAAUGUCAUUGAAUGCAACAAUUGAUGUUGCCUUUUACAUUUUGAGUGAACCCUUCAAAUUUAAACGUAAUGAGUAGGCUAAAUGGAUACAUGCUGAUUAAAGUAUAUUUGUAUGAAUAGAGGAAUCAACUUUAAAAUAAACGUAUUUAUCUUAUCUGUCAAUUAUUUACAGGAAAUCAUCUCUUGAUCAAUAAUCCAGGAUUUCCUUACAGGCGGAGUUAAGUCAACAUUUUCCCCCUGUGAGACUCAUUUUCAUCCUGAUCAUCACCAGAAUCCUCAUCUUUUACCAAUCAGAUUCUUGACUUUUCUUGAAGACGCAAUCGUAUCGAGUCUCAGGCAACAAUCACUCCCAAGAAUCCAGCUAAAUUGUAGCAUCUACAUGUAUAUAAAUUAAUGAGAUAUAACGUUAAUAGAAACAUUAUCUUGUGUCUCUGGAUUUCAGUUUAUUUUUUUUGUAGGCUUAAACAAUCAACUAGCCAACAGUUUCAUCUACACUUAACUUUCCAAUUAUUGAUGUUAUUUGAAACUUUACAAGCUCAGAUAAUUGAGAUAAUCUUGAACCAUCAUUAUCAUUAUUAAAAACUAAAGAUAUGAUUGUCUUGAUUGUAACAUAAUAAUAAAGUGAAACUUAACUGUUGCAUUAUGUUGCUCUUUUCAAGUUUUAAGUUUACUUUCAAGUCAAGUCUUUGUUAAGUUUCUUUACGCAUAUUAAAGCUUUAUUUAUUUACUAUUUUCUUGUUUCUUUGUUUACUUUCAGUUUAAUUAUUGUUUUUAAUUGUUCAAUGUUAAUUAAAAUGAUUUAAUGGAAAGUCAUUGACUUAAAUGUGAAAAAAACACAAUCAAUUCACAAUUAUUAAUUCAGUUUUGGGUUAAAAGCCUUUUUGCCUUUUGUUACAAUUGUUUUGGUUUCAACUAUGACAGAUCAUAAUAUGGUUACUUGCAGUGAAAAUAGCCCGAUGGGUUUAUGCUCAUCAAACCAAGUAUUUGGUAGACAAAGUAAAUUUGAUUUUAAUUGUGUUAACAAAUUGAAUGGACUUAUAACGAGGCAAGGUAUAGAUGAUGGACAACAAUCAGGUGGUGAUCAGCAAUCAACAGGUUUUCUGUCUGGUUCCAUUUCAGCUCCAACUUGUCUAACAGUUAAUCCAACAAAUAAAACCAACAAGUGUGUGAAUCCUGCAGCAUCAACAGCUAGACCAACUGUAACAAUGGAUCCUGAAAAUCAGGAAAUUGUGAUUACUUCUAGUAGUACUAAUAACAAUAAUAGUGUCAAUGCUGGUACCAAUGAUGAUCCAGGAGAUGGUGAACGUGAAGUUUGGAACAAGAAAGUUGACUUUUUACUCUCAGUUAUUGGCUUUGCUGUGGAUCUUUCAAAUGUUUGGAGAUUUCCCUAUUUAUGUUAUAAAAAUGGUGGAGGAGCAUUUUUAAUUCCGUAUGUAAUUAUGUUGGCCAUCGGAGGAAUCCCAUUGUUUUUCAUGGAACUGGCUUUGGGUCAAUAUUUCAGGAAAGGUGCCAUUACUUGUUGGGGAAGAAUCGUACCUUUACUCAAAGGUGUUGGUUAUGCUGUUGUCUUGAUUGCUUUUUAUGUAGAUUUUUAUUACAAUGUUAUCAUUGCUUGGGCUUUAUACUUUUUCUUUGCUUCAUUUUCAACCGAAUUGCCUUGGACUCGAUGUAAUAACCUCUGGAAUACCAAUAACUGCUCAGAAAUACCAAUGACCGAUGAAACUGUUGAUGAAUACAAUUUAGCUGACCCAACAUUAAAUUAUACUUAUUCUUUAUUAUCAUCACCAUCUUCAUCUGUACAAUCUCAUUCAUCCGAGUCUCCAAUAUCAUCUUCAAUAUCACCUUUCUCCGGUUUAACCUCUCUCUCAUCUGUAUCAUAUCCAUCUUCAUCACCCUUACCUACUUCAAUGAUGAUCAAAUUAGUACCCAAUUCAACUGUAAAGGAGACUAUCACUCGUAAUCGGAUUUCACCAGCAAUGGAGUAUUUUAAUCGACAUAUCCUUGAACUAGACCAAAGCUCAGGUAUCGAUGGAUUGGGAGCAAUCAAAUGGGAAAUGAGUGUAUGCCUGUUGAUUGUUUACCUAAUCUGUUAUUUCAGUCUAUGGAAGGGUAUUUCAACUUCAGGAAAGGUGGUUUGGUUUACAGCUCUUUUUCCUUAUGUUGUUCUUAUUACUUUAUUAAUUCGUGGAAUCUGGCUGCCUGGAGCCUUAGAUGGAAUCAAAUAUUAUCUAACUCCUGAUUUUAGUGCUCUUACCAAAGCAAAUGUUUGGGUUGAUGCUGCUACCCAAGUAUUCUUUUCUCUAGGCCCUGGGUUCGGUGUUUUACUGGCCUUUGCAAGUUAUAAUGAAUUUCAUAACAAUGUUUAUCGAGAUGCAUUAUUAACCAGUGCUGUGAAUAGUGCAACAAGUUUUCUUUCUGGGUUUGUUAUUUUUUCAAUUCUUGGAUACAUGGCUGCCAAAAGUAAACAAUCAAUUCAAGAUGUUGUAUCGGAAGGACCUGGUCUCGUAUUUGUAGUUUACCCAGAAGCCAUUGCAACCAUGCCUGGAGCACCUUUUUGGUCAAUAAUGUUUUUCCUCAUGUUAUUAACGCUUGGAUUAGAUUCAUCUUUUGGAGGUUCAGAGGCGAUCAUUACUGCUCUGAGUGAUGAAUAUCCGUUGAUCAAGAAGAACCGGGAAAUUUUUGUUGCUAUACUGUUUACCUUUUACUUUUUCAUUGGUCAAUUUAGCUGUGCUCAGGGAGGAGCUUAUGUAGUCCAUUUAUUAGACACCUAUGCUGCUGGCUAUUCAAUUCUGUUCGCUGUUUUCUGCGAAUCAAUCGCAGUUUCUUGGAUAUAUGGUUAUGAUAGAUUUUCCAAUAAUUUACACCGAAUGCUUGGUUUUGAAAUUAGCUGGUGGUGGAAAUUUUGUUGGGUCUGUAUGGCACCUUUUUUUAUCAUGGUUAUUAUAAUUUACGGACUUAUAAGUUAUGAGCCACUGACAUAUGGUGAUUACAGGUACCCUGUUUGGGCUAAUAUUUUAGGAUUUUGCAUUGCUGCCUCGUCAGUUUUAUGCAUACCAAUUGUUGCCAUUUAUCAGAUUUAUAUCACUCCGGGAACUUUCGUGCAAAGACUCAAAAUAUUGAUAACCCCGUACGAGGAUACGCAAAAUUUGGUUCAGCAAACAAAUAAACCUAAUAGCCGAAUUUUUGACUCAAGUGAUAGCAAUUCAGAACCUAAAGGAGCAGUUGAUGUGUGACUUCAGAUUAUGUGAUAGAUUUGCAUGAUACGUCAUGUAAUUGUUAUCAACUAUGGCGAUAAUAUAUACAGGAUAAUUUUAUUGAUAAUUUUGUAUUAUUACCUCAACUAUAAUGACUGUUUAGUCUAACGACAGUUAAACUAUUGUGUCGAUUCAUGGACAUUUCAACUAAAUUACCAGCGAAUGAGUUUGAAUGAAAUUUGCGAAAUGUUGACAACCUGAGGCAACUAUCCUUGAAGGAUAUCAAAAUCUACAAUUGAUCAAACAAUUACCAAAGGCAUUUUGCAGUAUUUAGAUUUUAACCAAUCUUGAAUUCGUAUUUAAUUAUAACCAGAGAUAUUGAAGGAAAAAAAUCAAGCGGCUUGAUCAUCAAAUAACCAGUUUUAUCAUGCAAAAUUUAGGUAUUUACUGUUACAAGCAAACCAAACCAGAAUAUUGAGAUGUCCAUCGACACAAAAUAGGAUUUUAUGCAGACAAACCUGAAAAGAUUGCUCUGUAAUUCAAUUUAGGAUUGAAAAUGAACAUCAUUGGCUUUUCCAUUGGCAUCAGUUUACCAUCAAUCUAAAUUAGUACAAGUUCAAUUGUUGAUUGAAGUGGAUUUUCUUACAAUGAUUAAUACAGGUUUUUACCUUAAUUUGAAUGGCCUAUUGCAAGUAAUUGGAGUAACAAUUUAAAAGAGCAACAUGUUUAAUUGUAAUAAGUGGAGGAGAGUUACAAACCACUUGAAGACUGUUGGAGAAGACACAAGCAAAUGCUUUGAUAUUGGGUUCAAAUCUAUUAUUAAUAGCCAAUUUGUUUGGUAAAAGGACAAUAAACUAGCUGAUUUGGUGUUUAACAAUACAAUUAGUCUUGACUUUUGAACCUAAAUGGUAAUUGAAAUCAAUGGUGGACCAAUGUGUUUAUCAAAGGAAAACUAGCAAACAAAUUGUCAACAUGUUGUUGAUCAGAUUUAACUGUAUGAACUUUGAAUGACUUUUAAAGUCACAAAAAUUAAAUUAUAAUGUAUUAACCCAUUGAA